AGUGGGGGAGUGCGCGUGAGAGAGAGUGGGUGAAUGUGUGUGUGUGGGAGAGAGAGAGAGGCGAGUGUGUCUGUGCGUUUUAAUGUUGUUAUGUUUUGGGGGGCCGGGGACGGGACGCCUGACUGUUUACUCAGGCCACUGCGUGUUGUGCGUCGGGGGGUCUAGAGAGGAGGAGGGGACACAUCGAAGAGAGGAAGACUGACCAGACAAGAUGCCCGCGCCCCCCGCCACCCCCGCCCCCCCCCCGCCCCCACCCACCUUCGCUGUGGCCAACACAGAAAAGCCCAGUCUGAACCGAGGCGAAGCGCAAACGAGGAAUGCCCUUCUCUCGGACAUCUCCAAAGGCGCUCGACUGAAGAAGGCCGUCACCAACGACCGCAGUGGACCCUGUCUGGACACGAAGCCUAAAGGAGGAGGAGGAGGAGGGGGGGGAGGAGGAGGAGGAGGAGGAGGAGGAGGAGGAGGAGGAGGAGGAGGAGGAGGAGGGGGUCUUGGAGGAGGAGGAGGAGGGGGUCUUGGAGGCCUCUUCCAGGGCGGGAUGCCCAAGCUGAGGUCGGCAGGAACCAGAGACGCCAACGAUUCCGGAGGCAGCAGACCCCCCAUGCUCCCCCCAGGAGCGCGCUCCUCUGGGCCGCGGGCCGCCGGAGGGGGGUCAGCCGCCCCCCCCAGAUUCCCCGGGGCCCCACCCGGUCCCCGGAGCGGCGCCCCCCCCGACCCCCCCAGAGGCCGAUCGGUCCCAUCCUCCCGGCCCGACACCCCUGGCGGGCCCCCCCCUCCCGUCCCCAACACCCCCCGACCCAACCAGAGCCUCCCGGGCAGAGGCGCCCCCCCUCCACUCCCCGGGGCCCCCCGGCCCAUCAGCUCCAGCCCAGCCCCUCCGCCCCCCGGCCUCCCUCCGGGCCGACAUGGAAGCUUCCCCCCUCCUCCGCUGGGGGCUCCGUCUGGGCCCAAGCCCUCCUUCCCGGCCCCCCCUUCGGUCCCCAGCAGCGGAAGGCCCCCCCUCCCCCCCGCCCCCGGCCGGCCCUCAGAUGACCGGCCCCCGCCCCCACCAGGCCCCCAAGGGGGCCACAGACCCUCCAUACCCCGCGAUGGAUUCCCUCCGCCGCCCUCCCCUGCCUCCUGUCGCCCCCCUGGUGGUGGUCCUCCCCCUCUCCCCCCUGGCAGACCGGGGCCCCCCCUGCCCCCCUCCCCAGCUGGGGGAGAUGACCACACCCCCAGACUACCCCAGAGGAACAUGUCACUCAACUCCCACGCCCCCCCUCCGGGUCGAUCAGGGCCCCUGCCCCCACCCCCAAGCGGGGGACCACCUGGGAGGAACCAAUCAGGUCGCUCUGGCCCACUCCCCCCUCCUCCCCCUUCGGGAGGUCGUAGCGGGAGCAACGUGAGGUCACCGGCAAUCCCCACCCCUCCUCCUGGACGACCAGGUGGAGACCCCCCCCGCGGGGGGCCCAGGCCCCCCCUUCCCCCUGACAGGUCCGUCUCUGGUGGGCUGCCCCCCCCACCGCCCCCAAUGGGCAACGGCUUCCAGGGCUCCCACCAUUCCAAAGAUGACUGGGAGGCCCGCUUCAGCUUCCACGCCCUGUCCGAGCUGCCCCCGCCUGAGGCCUACGUACCCAGCCAGAAGACCUACCCCAGCAAGCUGGCCAAGGCCGACAGCAGAGGCUCAGGUAAAAAGAAUCGCGGUGCCCCUCCCUUGCCUCCCGUCCCGAGGUGAAGAUGGUUCCCAUCACGGGGGUCGGAGAGUCCCUCCUCCUUCCAUGACUGCACGGGACUGCCUUCCCCCCCCCCCCCCCGCCCUCCCCUUCCUGCUCACCUCAACUGGAUGUGUCUCUCCUUCUCUGUCCAACCACCUCCCCCUCUCGCCACGCUCCUUCUCUCUCACUACUCUCCCUCUCUUUUUCUCUCUCUCCCUUGUGUGGGGAUCGCAUGUCCAGGUGACCUGAUGUCGGAGUUUAGCGUCUCGUUCACUGUUAGCGCCAGCACCACCAACACAACGCCACACCACACCACUCCACCAACACCAUAUCGCCAACACGACACCACCCCAACACACCACCUCACCGUCAUCACCACCCCCACGGCACUCCAGCCACGACGCCAGCUUGGUUCCCCCCGUUUAGGAGCGCACUGUUUGUAACCAUCCUUGCACCGUUUCAGAAUUGUUCCGUGUUUUGAAGGAAAACCGAGGGAUCGUUCGCAUCCCUCGAGCACGUUAGCAUCGUGUGUAGCUCAGUCUCGGUCAAACCCUGGAUCUCGCUUUCAAAGGGUACUCGAUCAUAGCCAUUAGAAACGCUCCUUGGAUCUAGAACCGGCCAUCGAUGUGACGGUUAUCAGUCAGGCGGCGAUGUCAUCGCGUUCUACCCACGAGUACAGUCUGCCAGUAGUGUGUGCGAUCUCAGUGGUGUUGAACAGCUGUUUUGUGAGAUCCUAUUAUUGACAAUGCAGUAUUACCGUGUGCUUGCUGCCUUGCUUUGCUGCCCAAUCUGUAUGUUUUAUGCCUCUGCUGCCUACCUGAUACCACUUAGGCAGCCCUCAAUGAAUGGUGUCGAGGUCCGAGUGCCACAAAGAAAUCGACUGUUAAUGUAUGAGUGCGAUGAGAUGAACAUGCUGCAAUGUCGGUUGAGAGAAUGACAAUGUUUUUCAGUUUCCUCGAGAGCAAGGGGAGAGGUUAGCAGGAAAUAUGAUGUCUAAGCUGUCACAACAAAGAUGCAGCUUUGACCGCUAUUGGACCAAAGACUGUCCAACCAAGGACAUAGCCUGGACGUCAUGAUGGGCUAAAGACUAUUGUACAAUCAGAUGCUCUUGACCAAAGUUCGGACUCAUUGAUGCAGCGCCUUGUUCGACUCUGUGGCUUAAUGUCUUACAUCCAAACCAAGACCCCCUGAAGUUUGUCUGCCCACUUUUCGGGGACCCUUUCUACAGUCUCCGACAAGACGCGCUGACGUUUGUCUUUCCUGGUGACGGUAACCAUGGUACUUCAAAGUGUUUGUCUCCUCAUUGCACUUUGGGCGUCAGGGCCCUCUCCGUCUGUGGCCAUAUCUGUUCUAGAUUGUGUCUCGAAUGUUGUAUUUUAUGUCAUAACAUUUUAUUUUGUGUUUCCCCUGAUGCUGAUCAUUGUAGAAAAAAAAAAUACAGUCGUUUUUUACAAGUCACUCUUUUCAAAUUAAAAUAAUAAAGAUGGAAUUGAGACUCAAA